AUGUCUGAGCGUCAAGAAAACCCAUCCUACCCACAUGAUGAAAGCCUUCAAGCCUGCAGUAAGGCUCAGGGCCUGGAGGAGGCACCGCUUUCUGAUGCUUCAAAAGAGAUCUUCCUCCCCUCCUCCUCAGUGACCUCUGGUACACUGAAAGAGGCUACUAGUGCUGAAGCAUCCAGUACUACCCAGUGUUCUGAGCGUGUCUCCUUAUCUUCCACUGUUAUUAAAAUCUCAAUGAUCAAAUCAGAUGACAGGUUUAGCAGCCCCAAAGUGCAAAGUCUAAGCAUAGUGCAGCCAGGCACUGAUAAUUUGCGUAGCUCUCCUAGAGAUGAGAAGGUGGCUUUGUUGAUGGAAUUCCUGCUGCUCAAGUUUCGAAUAAAAGAGAUGGCCACCAAGGAAGACAUGAUGAAGAUGGUUAUGAUAGAGCAUGAUGACAGCUUUUCUGAAAUCUUCAGUAUAGCUUCUGAGCGCAUGGAGCUUGUCUUUGGUAUUGAUGUGAUGCCAAUGGUUCCCACCAGCAACAGCUAUUCCCUUUUCAAUAAGCUGGGUAUCACUUAUGAUGGGAUGCUGAGUAGUAAUGACGGCAUGCCCAAGAAUGGCCUCCUGAUUUUUAUCUUGGGUGUGAUCUUCAUGAAGGGCAACCGUGCCACUGAGGAGGAUAUCUGGAAAGUGCUGAAUAGGGUGGGCAUAUUUUCUGGGCAGAAACACUUAAUCUACGGUGAACCCAAGAAGUUCAUUACCAAAGAUCUGGUGCUGGAAAUGUAUCUCCAGUACCGACAGUCCCCCAAUAAGGGUGGUUCUUCUUAUGAAUUCCGGUGGGGUCCAAGAGCCCACAUAGAAAUCAACAAAGUAAAAUUCCUCGAGUUUUUGGCCAGAAUUAAUGAUAUCGACUCUCCUAUUUACUCAACUCGAUAUGAGGAGGCUUUGAGAGACGAGGAAAAGAGAGUCAGAAUUUUGCGCAGGGUUACCACUACUAUCAGGAUUAGAGUCCCUAGUUCCAGGGACAAACCCCAAAGCUCUUCCCACCCUUAA